UGAAAAAUGUUUCAACAUGGCUGCUCGCAUAACAGCGAAGAGAAAGUAGAGCAUAAUUGUCAUCAUCACCUGACCAAUCCAUCUGUUCAUCAAACAUUAGAGGAGUUAGAUUUUGACCGCGGAAUAUGGAGUUCUGCUCUUGCUGGUGAUAUAGACGACGUGACAAAAAAACUGAAAUCAGACAACGGUGCUCAUGUGAACGAUACAGACAAAUCCGGUUACACUGCUUUGCAUUACGCUUCUCGGAGUGGACAUCUAGAUAUCUGUCAGCUGCUUCUGUCCCAUGGAGCAAAUGUCAAUGUGAGGACGUCUUCCAGUGGAGCUACUCCUCUGCACCGGGCAGCUUAUAUGAACCAUUCACAAGUGGUACGCCUUCUACUUGACCACGGAGCAGAUCCUCUAGUGAUUGAUUGUGAUGGCAUGACGCCUUUGCACAAGGCUGCGGAAAAAGGUGCUGAAACCACAGUGGAAUUUCUAAUCAAAGCCGACUCAUCAGCGUUGGAGAUCCAGGAUAACAAAGGCAGAAAGCCAGAAGCUCUCGCUAAGUCAGAGGCUGUGAAAGAAUUGUUGAGGCAGAAGUAGAAGUGACAAUUCAAUAGCAAGAAGUUGUGUUGAUUCAGUAGUACUGAGGACCAGUGAGGAUGUGGUUCUCCUUGGAUAAGUCAUAAAUAAAGGCUUUGCUGUGUCAAUGAGCUGUUUUCUACUAAUACAUAUCGAUGAAUAUCUUACAACUGUAUGAUCAAAUGUGUUGAAUUAUGUGAUAAUAUUAAAGUCUUUUGUCAAAUC